AUGGUCCCGUUGGUGUCACGACUUAUUCAAACACGGCUAUCUUCGACUCAAGCAUUCAAGAAGGCUUCUGAAAGCUUUCUUCCAUAUGUGCCAGCAUUUAAGCCACGGAAUCGUGUCGACCCUAUCUGGCCCAGUCCAUCCAUUAUGAUUGAUGAGCCGGUAUCUCUGCAGCCGCGCCCUAGGCGGCAUGUCCUCCCAUGUGUCCUUAUGCGCGCCGGCACAUCAAAAGGAAUCUUCCUACACAGAAGAGAUCUACCUCUUGAUAAACUCGACUGGGCCCCUCACCUGAUCUCUGCGCUUGGGUCUCGAGGAAAUGACCCUCGUCAGAUAGACGGUGUUGGUGGCGGCACUUCUACUACAUCCAAAGUGGCUGUCGUUUCCCGCUCAGAGCGGCCGGACGCUGACAUUGACUGGACAUUUGUUCAGGUUGCUGUCGGCAAAGAAUCAAUAGAUCUCACAGGGAAUUGCGGGAACAUGACGGCAGGGGUAGCACCAUUCGCCGUGCAGGAAGGGCUGGUCAGACCUCAACCGGGUCAAACCAAGAUGGACGUCCGGAUAUACAACACCAACACGAGGCGCAUCGUGGUAGAGACAGUCGCUCUCGACGCCUCGGGAGAUUACGAUGAGACGGGAGACUAUACCAUCGCCGGAGUCAGCACACCAGGCAGUGAAGUCAAGUGCACUUUUGUCGAGCCGAUUGGAAGCAUGACAGGAAAGCUCUUCCCUUCAGAUGGCCAACAGCAACAACUCCUCCACGCACACUCCACAGACCAACAACCCCCCUUCACUGUUCGCGUAACCCUGAUCGACUCGGCAAACCCGUUCGUCCUCAUCGACAGUACCUCCAUACAAACCCUCUUCAAGAAUCUCAGCUCCGAAGUCGCCCAAAACUCUCUCAUCGAGUCUAUCCGCCGAGAAGCCGCGGUAGCAAUGGGUCUCGCGCCAACAGUAGAAGCUGCCGCGCAGACGCGCGGGACGCCCAAAGCCGCACUCGUCUACCCGCCUGACUCGGAUACCGCAGACGUCCGCAUACAGGCCUACUCCAUGGGCCUCCCACAUCCAAGCCUCCAACUCACGGGCGCAGUUACGGUGGCUGUUGCAUUGAGCUACCCGGACACCGUCGUGGCGGAGCUGGCUGCUAUGGCUGGGAACAGGAUGACUCCAGAACACACGCCGCCGCCUGAUGAGGGGAGCGAAAAGCGGGAUUCUGCAGUGGAGAGGGAAGUUCGUAUUGCGCAUAGUAAGGGCGUCAUCAAGGUUGGUGUCGUGAUGGCACGGAAUGGCGGCGUGGCGAGUUGCGCGGUGUCGCGGACUGCAAGGAGGUUGUUUGAAGGGAGAAUUCGGUAUUAUGUGUAA